AUGCAUCUUACCCAAGCCCACUUCCUCUCCGUAGCAGCCCUUCUGGGCCUCUUCGCGGGCUCGUCCCAGGGGCUUGGCAUCAACUGCCGCGGCAGCGGCAUGUGCCCGACGGGCGACCACCUGGUGGCGGAGAACCUGCGCAACAGCAUCAACGGGGCGCCCGACGACAAGACGUUCAAGAAGGGCGACCACAUAGCGUGCGACCCGUCGGCGGGCGGCACGGCGCCCUGGAUCCCCGGCCUGCCGCGGCUCGGGGGCGAGAUCUGCGCCUUCGUGCAGAGCGUCGACAGCAUGACGGGCAAGCAGGUCAAGGCCCUGGCGCAGAGGAUCGUCGACCACGGCUGCAAGGUCUGCGGCAGCGCGCCGCUCGACAAGGAGAAGAACGACGUCAAGUACGGCCAGCUGACCUUCAACUACGUCACGAAGCCCAAGUGCAAAGAGGGUCUUUGUUAG